AGUUCAUGUUUGUAUUGCGACUGUGUUGCCCAAACUUUCACAAUACAUUAGUAAAAAAAAAAACACUCAUCUUUUCAGACGCAGACGCAUAAAAAGAAAAUAAACCAACGACAAGAUGAGUUUCCUUAAUUACAUAUUUGGGCCAAAAUUGUACAUGGAGUACAAGGGUGUGCCCGAGCCGCAGAGGAAAAUCUAUGAGCCCGGCGCAGUUGAAAAGUUUGGUGAACAAAUAUUAUCAACGCUGUCGGUGGUGUGGUCUGUGAGCUAUUACACGUCACCACUGAUCUUCACAUUCCUCUAUCGACGCGGCUACUUCGCAGCGGAUUCGAUACCAACGCUGGCAAAGUUCACCACGAGCGUUGGUCUCAUCGUCAUCAUAUCGCUGUUUAUGCGCGGCGUUGGCCGUCGGCAAUCGCGUACUUAUACAAACAUGAUAAAUGCAUUGAUGCUGGCCAAAACGAAUAAAUCAACGGAUGCACUGCGUCGCUUUGACAUUGACUUUGCCGCCUGGCCAGUCGACUUCGAUGUCAAAACCUUGGCGGGCGAUGCCAAGAAGCCCAUAAAUACGGCGAGUUCCUGCGAGGAUUGGAGCUUGGCAACAUUGCCCUACGAGCUGAUCGCCUAUGUGGCCAUACACACCUUUGGGCUGUCCAUGAUCUAUCCCGGCUCCGUGAAGCUGAUACAGAAAUUUAUGGCACCUGCACUGAUCUCAGGCCGUGCCAAACUGAUUGAGGAUGAUAAUGGCAUACGGUAUAAAGUGAAAACGAUUGAUUCAAAUGAAAUCGAUACGCUUUUCAUUGAUAAUCGCAACGACAAUGUUGGCAACGGCAAAACUCUAGUCAUUUGCUCCGAAGGCAACGCUGGCUUCUAUGAGGUGGGCAUAAUGGGCACACCGAUUGCCUUGAAAUACUCGGUGCUUGGUUGGAAUCAUCCGGGCUUUGCUGGUAGUACAGGUCAACCCAAACCGGAUCAGGAUAAGAAUGCCAUCGAUGCCGUUGUACUUUUUGCGCACAAUCAUCUGGGUUUUGCAAUUGAGGAUAUUAUACUCUAUGGUUGGAGCAUUGGCGGCUACAGCACACUGUUUGCCGCGUCCUUAUACCCAGAGGUCAAGGGAGUGGUCUUGGAUGCCACUUUUGACGAUCUGCUCUACUUGGCCUUGCCACGCAUGCCCAUUUCCCUUGGCGGGAUUGUUCGCGUUGCCAUACGUAAAUAUUGUAAUCUGAACAAUGCCGAGUUGUCAAUGAAGUAUCAUGGCCCAAUUUUCCUAAUACGACGCACGGAAGAUGAGGUCAUUGCCGAAGACAAUCGCAUUGAUACGAAUCGUGGCAAUUAUUUAACGCUUUCCGUACUCAAAUAUCGCUUUCCCAACUUGUUCAGUUCCACACAGUUGACGCGUGCGAAGGGAUUGCUAUCGAAACCAUUGGAAUCCUACAGUUAUCCCAUUGCCGAGGAGAAGCUCUGCAUGUCGCGCCUUAUAACCUUUGCCUCCGAUGAGGGUAAAUCGUAUCCCAUGCUAAUUGGUGCCGAUUACAAUGAGGAAACUCGCAGCCAAAUGGCUAUAUUUUUGCUGCGCAAGCAUUUACGUGAUUACAACUCAACGCAUUGCACACAGUUGCCGGGCGAGUUCUUUAGCAUUCCCUGGGAUAUACCGAUCGAACAUGGAUUCGUUUUUACUUAA